GUAAGAGUUUGCUCCACAGAAACAAGACAGGAUCAUUUUGCUCGUGGGCCCACUCGGAACUGCCAGUCCCAACAAAGCUGCACACUGUACUCCAAAAAAGCACGUGGUUUGGCGUCAUUUUCGUAGGCUCACUGCCUAUAUAUCUAGAGGACUGCAGUUAUUCUUAACUCGCCGCCAGCCUGCAAGGAAUAUGAAUAGUACUCGAGACAUUUAACAAAUUGCCUGUCUGGAUUUGCCCCGGCCCCUGACUGCCGACACAAACUCAUUUUAAAUUAAGGUGCCAGAGCUGCACUGGUGCUUAUUCGGGAGCUGGACUUCUGUCGGCUGCUUCUGAGGACGACUCAACCAAAUCGACGGGCAGCGAGUGUGUUGUUUUGUGUUGGACCGCUGAGAAGGAAACCAGCAACUUGUAUUUUCCAAGUGGUCGCAGCUCAACAUGAGGAUUUCGAUAACAGCAACCCUCCUUGUCCUCGCCGCAAUUUCUUGCCGUGCUGCAAUGGGAGCGGCGAUCGAAGGCUACGAGAGUGAAGUAACUCGGAGUCUCAGGAGAAGGGAGAAAGAUAUUCUGACCAUUCUCGGAGAGGUUAUUGAAGGGGAACCGACUGUACAAACAGUCGAGCAUCCACCCAGUGACCGAACCCCUGAAAUACCAUCAGUGGCCUUUUAUAAAUCUGCGGAAAACUCAACUGCCACUGAAGUGGGCAAAGGCAAAGGAAAGCGUCAAAGAAAAAACAGACGUGGCAAGCGAAAGGGUAAAAAGAAUCCAUGCUACAGAAAAUACAAGGAUUUCUGCAUUCAUGGGGAAUGUCAAUAUUUGAAGCAUAUUAAAGAGGUAUCAUGCAGGUGCUUUUCAGGAUAUGAAGGAGUAAGGUGUGGUACUUUCAUUUUAGCUGUGGAACAUCCAAAAGAUCCAAAUGACAACACAACGACUCUGGCUAUUGUGGCAGUGGUGCUCUCUUCCCUUAGUCUCACUGUAAUCCUUGUCCUUUUGGUUCUUGGUCUGUUUUUUGAUAGAUAUCACAGGCGAGUUGCCAGUUAUGAUGUAAAAAGUGAAGAAAAGAUUAAACUUGGCAAUAAUAACAGUCACUGAUUUCAAAAGGAAUGGUAAAAAUGGCUACAAAAUCUACCUCAAUGAUGGAAGAAAUCAUGAAAGAAUAAAAGUGACAUAAAAAGACAACAAACAAAGUCAAAUUGUUCACGAACUGAAUGAGUAAAAUGACUGCAUCCAUUGGGUGCAUAUCUAUUCCCCAGCAGCUGGGAAGACUGGAAAUUACAGGUGUAUCCACCAUUUGCAUUUUCCUAAUAUACCGUUAAUAUUUAAAGCAACUUAUUUAUAUUCACGUUCUUAAAUUGUCAGUAUAUAUUUAUUUUAGUAUUAUUUUAUAUUUUAACUUAUUUUAGGUUAUUUGCAGCUUAUUAUUUAAAGCAUGUGAUUUCUGCUGCUGUCUGUUUAAAAUGUGUAUAUGUGUCCCAUUAGAAAUAUUUAAAAGAGUUUCUCAAGAAACAUGGCCAUCCUAAAACAAGUAAACCAUAAAUGAACUUCUCAAUAUGAAUUGCUGGUGUAAAAUAAAUGUGUUCUUUUUGUAUGAA